AUCCGCUAUUAAAUUUCCAGCAAAAACCCUAAGCUCUUCAGCUGGAGUCGUCACUCAACCUCAGGGCCUCGACGAUGCACGAUCCAGUACUGAUUGUCACUUGAAUUUGCAGUUCUUUUCGAAAUUUAUAUUAUUGUUGGUUGCUCGACACUUUGUUUCAGCUGCUGGAUUACGUUUUCUGCUCCAAUUAUCAAAUAUUGGUGUGAUUCAUUGUAAAAUGGUCUGCAUAUCAUCAGGAACAUCGGCGCAUGUAUAUAGAAAGCAGUGGCUUAAGCUGCACCUGUUGCCUUGAUUCGAAAGUUAGAAAUAUUAUUUAGAAGUUUUCUGUGAUAUAUUUAUAGUAAUUACGACCUAUAUAUUAACAAAAAAAGGGAAGUAGUCUUCUAGUAUUCUGCAUUCACUGACCUAAAAUCCUGAAUUUGUCUUUGUCCAUAAAUUGUAACAAUGAUAACGGAUUAAGUUCUUUCUGGGCUAGAGCAUAAUGUGAAAAGGUCCCUAAGAGGGGUCAAUUGUUUUUUUGGCUCUUCAAACUUGUUUUUAGUUUUAUGACCCUAGCUCUUUUUCUACACAUGAGAGAUUUACUUUUACAAGUAAGAGAUUUGUCUUUUACACACAAGAGAUCUAAAAAGGUCAUUUUCUUAAAUUCAAAAUUGUAAAGGGGCAUGAUGUACAAAUAGCACCCCUUAAGAGUAGCUACCAGGAAAUGAAUUGACUAACGAGAGGUGAGUUAUUGUGGAUUUGGUAACUUCUCUGAAUUAGAAGUUAGUGCUUUUACUGUAAGUGCUUGCUUUCGAAGAUUGGUUUGUCCUUUUAUAGAUUUAUAUGUUUAGAAAAUAUAAAGAAAUUCUAAUACUUUAUUUGUAUUUGCAAAAUACUGGCAUGAGAUGAGUUUAAAUAAAGUAACGUGGUCAGUGAGAAUUCAUAUAGCUGACCUUACUUGUUUGGGAUUGAGACAUAUUUGUUGUUGUAACUCAAGGCUACCUCAAACCAUCAUAGUCCCACCAUGACUGAAGGCGGUCAUAGAUUCUACCUUUUUCCUUUGAUAGACUUCUUAUCAUCAGCCACAUGUUAAGCGAAACCCAUCAAGAUGCUAUCAAUGAAUGGUUUGAGAUCCUUCGCGCAUAUCAGCACCCAUUGUCACCUUCUUCAAGAUUGUGUGUUUUUCUUUUGGAUUAAUGGGUCAUAGUGGUUGUUCAACAAUGGCAUAUUGGUAUCUGUAUGUCAUAUGUAUAGCUUCAGCCAUUUGUUGGAUUUCAUUUUAUUUUUCCAUCAUUUGUUUGUUUUGGUAUCCUAUUUAGUACUACAACAACAACUAGGAUUCAGUUCCAAGCGAGUUAGGGUCCAUGUCGCUCUAUUUAAGCUUCGGUAUCUUACUUAUUAUAGCAAUACAAAUGUGUCUUGACGCUCAUUUCAUUUAAAAGCUUCCUAACAAAAUAGCUUAUUUCCGCUGCCAAACCAGAUGAUGAUUGAAUAGAAUGGAUUUGGUGGUGAUUACAAUAAAAUUUCUCUGCUUUAACCUUAAAUAAUCGAAGUCUUAAUGCAAGCAAAGGAGGUGUCAGGUGUUAUAUUUAAGCGCUCCCCCUUAUUAUUGAAGUCUCUUGUUUGCCAUUUUUAUGGUGAUGUCUUUCAUGUCAAUGGCAUUUUACUAGCAAUAAAGAUGGUAUGAACCCGAAUCAUUUCAGAUGUUUGCAAGUAUCAGCAGUCAGCAAACACUACUACUGAUGACUGCUUCAUAUGCGUUUUGCUUUUGGACUGUGGAGAGAGUUGGACUUAGCAUGGAUGUAUCAUUAAUUCAAUAUCUUUAUAUAAGACAUUGUAUGUCUUCAUUCAUUGUUUGUACUUUUGAUUUGAUUCGUUGGCCAUUUUUCCUCUAUCUCAUUUAUUCUUGCAUUAACGAUUUUGUGCUUAUUAGACCUGUGCUCUCCCUUUGUCCUCCUACUAUAUAUAAAGUUUGUAGUAAUUUUUUACUGUUAGAUGCAAUCAAGGCAAAAAUUGUCACAUCCCCAGAUACGGAAGCAGAUCCUCUUCCUAAUGUCGGAAGAGUUGCAUUUUCCAAAAAAUAUCAGACAGCUCGCAACCCUAGAUCUGAUAUGCCCAAAACUUCAGAAUAUGCUUUCUUCAAGAAGUUGAAAAAGGAUGUUGGCCAUAGUAAUUCGGAUCUUCUCCACAGAAGGAGUAAACUAUCAAAGAAUAGUACCUCAGACACAACGAGCACACACAACGUGCUGAAGUGUCCAAAUAAGGACCUUAAAAUUCCAAUUCAAGUAGAAAAGGAAUAUCAGACUAAUGAAUGCCAGUCCUUUUCACCUGUUGAUGGUGUCAUAGGUAUAUCCAAGGAGGCAAAACUUAAGUCCUUUUCACUCCCAACUGCAGUGACUCCUGUAGAUUCAAAUUUGCGGCUGUCACCUCUUGCAGGUCCAUCAAAUAAUUCAGGGAGCCAGUACUCUGGUAAUGGAAUUUUUGCUGCAAAGAGACAGAAACUACAUCAGCAGGCAAAUGCACUGUUUCUUGAUGUCGAAAAACUCAAUUCUGAAAGGUUUGAUUUGGUUUCUGCACUUCUCAGCCGGCUGUUCCCUGGAAGGAAGGAGGGUGAAGAUUUCUGGGAUUCAAAGGUCAGGAAAGGGGAAAAUUCAAGUACUACCUCACUUGCACUUGCUAAGCCAGAUCAUGCACGACCUCAUUCACAACACAAAGAAGAUGUUACAGUACCAGAAUAUAGGAUGAGCCAGACUGAUGGCUGCCUCACUAAUUUCUUUUGUAGGCCAACGGAGAGAGUUCCCCUAGAAUGGGAUAACUUCAAUUCUGCCUUUCAUCUCAUCGACUAUGACGCAAAAACUGGUUUGCUCUGUGAAGAUGUAGAUAAUAGUCAAAUUUCAAACAACAAAAGUAUAAGUUUAUGGGAUCAGAGUGAUUCAUUGCCUUCAUUAUCCUUUGACCGGCAUGGAUUUGCUGAUCAUUUCCUACCGGAUAGACUUCAUAGUGCAGAUAUACCUGUAAGCAGAGAAGCACAAAACUUAUUCUUAGAUUGGGAUUUCAAUGAGGAGAAAAGUGAUCCCGCAUUAGCCAUUACUACUAGCGGAGGGAAUAAACUGUGUUCACCAAUAGCCACCUUACUGCAUGUUGAUUACCAGCGGAGUACAGAAAAGAAGUUUGAUGCGCUGGCACUGUCAUCUUUAUAUACAAACUCUGCAUACUUUGAUGCACUGCCAUAUUUUCAUUCAAACAGUUCUCAGCAGAAACUCUUUCCUACCAAAUUUUGCUCCAGGGAUUUUGGAACGAUUCUUGAACAUGAGGAAUGUGCAGUUGCAAGAUUGGACCAGUUUGACCUACCCUUGUUAUGCAACUCAGAAGAUUUUAAUUCUCUGGAAGAUCAUAAUCCUGAUUUUGGAAUAAUUCUUGAACAUGAGGAAUGUGGAGUUGCAAGAUUCGACCGCUGUGACCAACCCUUGUCAUGCUACUCAGAGGAUCUCACUUCUCUGGAAGAUUGUAAUCCAGGGAAUGCAUUUGAAAGUGGCAAUGUUAUUGUCCCUUAUCUUAGUCAUCUUGAGAAGAAUCAUUGUGAUUCUGAUGAACUCUUGCCAAUUACCUUGGAUACAUUCGGCUGGAAUUUCCUGUCAGCAACCAGUUCCCAGUUGCAGAGGGGUUUAUCUACUUAUCAUACUUCAAGACUACCUCAUAGAGAAGAUACAGUUGGUCUAACAAAUGAGGAGAUCAAAUACAACUUGUAUGAUUUAAACCCAAGAGAAACUGCUCCUCAAUCAUUUGAACAGUCAUUCAACUGUCAUAUCUGGUACCCUUGCAACUCUGAAGUAUCUUGUGACAAAGCAAGGGGUGGAUCUCUAUUACUUGAAAAUUCAAGCUGGGUUACAUCUGUUGAAGAAAUUUCUCCUGAUCAUUCUGAUGAAUGGACAUUGAGCUAAAGAUUCACAUAUAGUUUUGACGGGUCCUAUACUCAUAUUAAAUAAUCAUAGUGUUGCCUCCUAUUCCAUUAAAGAAUGGAAUUCCGCCAAGGAAAACAUCUUUCAUUUCUGGGUGUUUCUUGCACUAGCGUGACAGACAGUGAUCUACUAUGUGUAAAUCACCCUUUUCGGAAGCAUUCAACAGGCUAAGUGUUCUUUUUGUUCGUUUUCCUUCUCAAAAACUGGAGGUCAACAGUGAAAUGUCAAUUACUACAAGGAAUAAUAGAAUAAGCAUACAAAGAAAUGUACUGAAUGAGCAGCUGUGUGGAGAAUAUAGACAAAAAAAAAAAAAAAAAAUGAGAGAGAACUCUGGCGAAUCUUACUGUGGUCCCCUUUUACUAUGUCGGCCAAUCCCAUUUGUGUCCAGUGACAUAAUUUGUCGAACACUCCAGCUCUUAUUCAUUUUGGUUCUUGGCUUCUAAAGAAUCUUUCUCAAAAUAUAGUUAAAACAAUUAUUUAGUCCUAUUGGCUCGUUUAACGCGUGAGAACAAGCUGACCUUUUGUGUCCUAUUCUUAACAAUGAACCUUUUGUAUUCGAACUUUUAUUUCAGCUUCUA